AGGCCUGUGGAAAUCGAAUCAAGGGUUUCUGGAGUGGAGUGAGUCCAGCUGCUUUGAGCUGAAGGAAAAGUAGCCUGGCCACCAAAGCGUCCCUGUGCUGGAGGAGUGCCAUCCCCGCGGGCCUUGCAGGAGGACCGACACCAGGAAGGCUUUGUGCCAGGCCCGGCAGCCACCCCCACCCGUCUUAUGCAAGUGGGUACAUGCCGUCGCCAGAAGCCAGCUUUCUGAUCUGCGUCUUUAGAUUUUUUCCAUCGCCUGAGCCUUACUUCCCAACUGAUCGGUGAGUUUAGUGAUGGCCAGAGCUCACUGGAGGACAAUGGACUUGGAUAACAAGAGUCAGGGCUUGGUCAUAACAAUGACUUUAUUACCGGGAAGGACAAUUCAAAAAAUAGGAAGGCCUGGGAACCCUCAGGCUCGCCACUCUAGGUUUUAGAGACCUGAAACAUCACAGAAGCUUCCGAGUGGUUCUGAGGAUUCAAGAGGUUUGCAGGUUGCUAUGUUAAUGUUGUUUGUCUUUGGAGUCUUACUUCAUGAAGUCCCACUGAGUGAUCAGAAUGAAGCUCCUCCUAACACUCACAGCAUUCCAGGCGAACCUCUGUAUAACUAUGCCAGUAUCCGCUUGCCAGAGGAGCACAUUCCCUUCUUUUUGCACAACAAUAGGCAUAUUGCCACUGUCUGUAAGAAAGACUCUCUUUGUCCAUAUAAGAAACACCUAGAAAAGCUAAAGUACUGCUGGGGUUAUGAGAAAUCCUGUAAACCAGAGUUCAGGUUUGGUUACCCAGUUUGCAGCUAUGUCGACAUGGGAUGGACGGACACUCUUGAGUCAGCUGAGGACAUAUUCUGGAAACAGGCUGACUUUGGAUAUGCCAGAGAGAGGCUGGAGGAGAUGCAUGUGCUCUGUCAGCCUAAGGAAACGAGUGACUCAAGUCUGAUGUGUUCCCGUUAUCUUCAGUACUGCAGAGCAACGAAUCUCUACCUUGAUUUAAGAAACAUCAAGAGAAAUCAUGACAGAUUUAAGGAGGACUUUUUCCAGAGUGGUGAAAUUGGAGGGCACUGUCAACUUGACAUCCGUACAUUGAUGUCUGAAGGUCAGCGCAAAAGCCCUUUGCAGUCAUGGUUUGCUGAGCUACAAAGCUAUACUCAGCUCAACUUCACACCUAUAGAAGAUGCUAAAUGUGACAUUGUCAUUGAAAAACCAACAUAUUUCAUGAAAUUAGAUGCAGGUGUUAACAUGUAUCACCACUUCUGUGAUUUCGUCAAUCUUUAUCUUACUCAGCACGUUAAUAACUCAUUCAGUACUGACGUGUACAUCGUGAUGUGGGACACUAGUUCUUACGGAUAUGGUGACCUAUUCUCCGACACAUGGAAUGCAUUUACUGAUUAUGACAUUAUACAUUUGAAAACUUAUGAUUCCAAAAGGGUAUGUUUUAAAGAAGCUGUUUUUUCAUUACUCCCCCGCAUGAGGUAUGGGCUGUUCUAUAAUACUCCUCUGAUAUCUGGCUGUCAAAAUACUGGACUAUUCAGGGCAUUUUCCCAGCAUGUGCUACACAGACUAAACAUCACACAAGAAGGACCCAAGGAUGGAAAAAUUCGAGUCACCAUUCUUGCACGGAGCACAGAAUACCGGAAAAUCUUAAACCAAAAUGAGCUUGUAAAUGCACUGAAAACAGUACCUACAUUUGAAGUCCAGAUUGUUGAUUACAAGUAUAGAGAACUUGGGUUUUUGGAUCAACUGAGGAUCACACACAACACAGACAUAUUUAUUGGAAUGCAUGGAGCUGGUCUGACCCAUUUACUUUUCCUUCCAGACUGGGCUGCUGUAUUUGAACUGUACAACUGUGAAGAUGAACGCUGUUACUUAGACUUGGCCAGGCUGAGAGGCAUUCACUACAUCACUUGGCAAAGGCAGAACAAAGUCUUUCCUCAGGAUAAGGGCCACCAUCCAACCCUGGGGGAGCACCCGAAGUUCACCAACUACUCUUUCGAUGUAGAAGAAUUUAUGUAUCUUGUCCUUCAGGCUGCAGACCACGUAUUGCAACACCCAAAGUGGCCAUUUAAGAAGAAACGUGAUGAGCUAUAAAUAUGUUGAGUCUGUUUGCAAAAAGAGAGUGUUUAAACACUCCAACACCCAGACUUAGAAUUAAAUCAGUAAAGCAAUCUGUUAUUUCCUAUCCCUGAAUUACCUUUUCUAUGCCAAAACAUACCUUCAGGAUAUUGUUAUGUGUUUUGUAGACGUUAAGUGUUUCAUGUGGUUUUUGUGUCAUUGCUAUUUAUCAAUAGCAAUAAUUUUGCACUGAAAUCUUUUUAUAGUUCAAAAAUUGAGCAUGGACUCCCUGGUACACUUUACCUUU